AUGCUGAAACUCCCAUCCCCAACCUCCACCUCCCUAGAAACCAAACGAACCAGUCCACACCCCAACUCCAAAACAGUGAAAACAAAUCGCAGAAACCCUCCAACCUCCCCACCGCUCACAUCAGACCAAAACCAAAACCCAACCCCAAAACCCACCGCAAACGAACCCACCGAACCCCCAGCGCCCCCCUUCCGCAGCGUCUCCGCCUGCAACAGAUGUCGCAUCCGCAAACACCGCUGCGACCAGCGCCUCCCGCGCUGCGAGUCCUGCGAAAAAGCCCAAGUGCGCUGCGUGGGCUAUGACCCCCUCACAAAACAAGAAGUGCCACGCAGCUACGUAGCCUUCCUCGAAAGCCGCGUGAACUACCUCAACCAAGUACUGACCGACCACGGCAUCGGCUUCAAGCCCGCGAUCGCCUACGACGAGGAAGAAGCGCUGAAGAUGGAAGCCGGGCAGUCGCCGCGGUUUGAGGCGCGCGGGCUGCGGGAGAGUCGAGAACGUGAGCGUGAGCGCGAACGCGAACGAGAACGGGAUCGGGAACAGGAACCCGAGAUGGGAAUCGGGAUGGGAAUCGGCGCGCGCGGAGCCCGUAAGAGGAAACAGUAUCCCGAGGACGCGAUCCCGGCUAGACAGGUCAAGCGCUUGGCGCAGUUAAACGUCCUGCUUACGGAGUUGUUGACUGAUGGGUGUGAGCAUCGGUAUUGUUCGCGCGACCCGGGUGGUUAUGGGCGUGCUGGUGCGCGUAGGCAGCGUGGAUCGGAGGAUAAGGAUGCGCUUGAGCAGAGGUUGCCGUGGUCGCCGCGGAGUUUUGAUUCCGUUGAUCAUAGUGAUAGCCGUGCGAGGUCUGAGUCGCCGGCGUCUUCGGAGCCGUAUCAUUAUCCUAGGCGGACGACUGGGCGUGGUUCGUCGCUGCUUGGUGUCAAGGCUGUGGGAGCCGAUGGGCGUGAAGUACAUGAUGCUGAGAGACAGACUGGGGCUGAGGUUGAUAUGGUAGAGUUCGAGUCUGGGAUACCCAGUACUAAGCCUGUUGAAGGGAACACUGAUGUCGUUCGACAUAUGGAUGUUCCCAGUCGGGCUUCGUCGCCGGAGAAGGAGGGCUCUAGACCUGAGCCCAGUUUUGAUAUUGCUGCUGAUCUUCUUCGGGGACGGAGGGAGAGGGAGAGGACUAAUUAUGAUUUGUUGGAUGAAUUUCUUGUUGAUUGGGUUGAGUGA